CCCAUGAAGCUUCUUCUUCCCUUCGCCUAGAUGCAUCUAUAAGCUACCAACCACAAGCACUUCAAUGCACAUCCUCAUCACCUGACAUCUCAUCCAUGGCUGCCGAGAAGAGAACUCCACUACUGGCCCGCUUCCGAGGGGCGAUUCAGAGGGUGAGCUUCCUGCUGUCCUUCGACGCCACCAAGUGGAUCGUCGUCUCCCGCCUCAAGAGAUCGCCGCUCGGGCCUCGUCCGCUGAGCUUCCGCGCCGCCAGGCCGAGCUUGCUCGACUGCACCGAGGACUACUACGACGCCGGCUCGUCGUUCUCGCUCUCGAGGACGGCGAGCUUGAGCUCGCCGGUGUCGAGGACGACGAGCCUGAGCCCGACGGUGUCUGGGAUCUUGAGGUCGACCAGCGACGCCGCGUCCUGCGGGGACGAUGUCGAUCAGAGGGCGGAAAGGUUCAUCGAGAGCUUCCACCGCCGGCUGCAGAUGGAAAGGCAGGUCUCUCUCGAGCUAAGAUACUGCAAGGAGAAGAGCUUGGAGAGGACGGUUUCGGAUUGAUUAUGUUCUGUGAUUGGCAAUGGAAGAGCAAUGGUUUUCAUCCUUCCAAUUUUUUUUUUUUUUUUUUGUGUAUGUGAGUAUAAUUUGUUUUUCAUAAGUUUUAUUGAUUCUUUUAUGUAAUUUAAUACAAAUUGGAUAUGAACUUUACACUUUUCUGAUUCAUAUGGCAAGUUCUUCA